AUGGCUACAAGGCUUUUCGCCAAAGUUUUCAACUGCAUAAUUAGUAUUCGUCAUCUCAUCAUUUUCUUAACACUUUUCUCAGAAUAUUAUUCUGUAGUUUCUUCAUCGAUAGUCAAAUCCCUGCCAGGAUUUCCCGGUUCCCUUCCUUUCAAAUAUGAAACUGGAUACAUAGCAGUGGACGAGAAGGAAGAUGUUCAGUUAUUCUAUUACUUUGUUGAAUCUGAAGGGAACCCAAGAGAUGAUCCUCUUAUGAUCUGGUUCAGUGGAGGGCCUGGCUGCUCUGGUCUCUCUUCGUUUGCUUUCGAGAUAGGUCCUGUUCGGUUUAACAUUGUUGAGUACAAUGGCACCUUACCAACAUUAAACCUAAAUCCAAACUCGUGGACAAAGGUUGCAAGUAUAAUAUUUAUAGAUGCACCUGUUGGCUCUGGAUUUUCAUAUUCAAGGAGUUGGGAAGGGUCCCAAACUGGAGACUUUAUGUUUGCCGAUCAAAGUCUUAUUUUUCUUAAAAAGUGGCUACUUGCUCACCCAAAGUUCAUCUCAAAUCCACUCUAUAUAGGUGGAGAUUCAUAUGCUGGCCUUAUAGUCCCUAUAAUUGCUGAAGAAGUAGCAAAGAGUAUAGAAGCCGGCAACACCCCAGAAUUUAAUUUCCAGGGUUAUUUGUUGGGGAACCCGGUGACGGAUAUAAAUCUUGAAUGGAAUUCAAGGGUUCCAUUUGCUCAUCACAUGGGACUUAUAUCGGAUGAACUCUAUGAGUCGGUGAAGAAGAAUUGCAAAGGUCAGUACCAAGGAAAGCACAACAACAAUACGCUAUGUGCCCAUGAUCUUAAUGCUAUCUCUUUCUGCACUAAAGAUUUAAACUUCCUACAAAUCUUGGAGCGUAAGUGCGAUUCAAUCUUUACUGCAAAUGGAAAGAUGGAGUUUAAUUAUCGGAAAUCACUCUUAGAGAAGUCAUCUGAUUUUCCUGAUUUGGGGUGCACGAAUUAUAACACCAUGUUGGUCCAUUUCUGGGCAAAUGAUGAAGCUGUUCAAAGCGCUCUUCAUGUUCAUAAAGGAACCAAAAAGAUAUGGAUAAGAUGCCCUAAAAACCUACCUUACAAGAGGCAACUUAAUAGUGUUGUUAGCUAUCAUCAGCGUCUCAGCUCACGAGGUUAUCGGACUCUAAUAUACAGUGGAGAUCAUGACAUGGUAGUCCCUUACAUUGCAACCCAAGCAUGGAUCAAGUCUCUGAAUAUUCCCGUUGUUGGUCAGUGGAGGCCGUGGCUAGUUGAUGACCAAGUUGGUGGUGCACAUACAGCUCCUGAGUUUAAGCCUAAGGAGUGCUUUGCCAUGUUCAAAAGAUGGAUCUCUAAAGAACCACUUUGA